AUGUGCGAGGUAGAAAUUGGGAUGCGCACGACCACUUGCCACCAGCAGACGGCACAGGAACAUGUGUCCGUGGUGUUCUCCAGCUCCACCCCCCACGUGUAGACCUCUCAGACAACCAAGAUAGUGGGAGGCAGUGGAAUGGCUGAGGGAAAAAUCUCUUGCCCCCCCAACACACACACACACACACACACACACACACACACACACACACACACACACACACACACAGGUCUGACUCUGAUACAUCUGGAGCAGCUGACCUCAGAUGAUUCAGACAAGAACAGGUGUGUUGCAAGCAAUGAGCACAAAGAUGCCAUUACACCAUCCCUGCUGGUAACAGAGGGCAAGCCUGUCUCCUCCUCCUGGCUUUUUCUCCUAGGAACCAGGUAUCUGACUGUCUGGCUGUGCCCUCUUUCUGUCCUCAGGUCAAGAAAAACUAGGUCAAGAAGCUGUGGAAGAAGAUGGAAGGUUAGGGGGAAGGGGUUCCCUGCCCAGGAUGCUGUCUCCUCCCCAUCCAGGCUCCCUGACCCCCCCCCCCAAAAAAAGAAGCAAAGGGUAACAGAAGAGAAGGAUGCUGGGAGCUUGGCCGAGGUACCCGACUUGCACUUUGUUGAAACAAUCUCUCAGGUCAUUAGGAUUCUAAAGGCAUCAGAAGACAUAGAGACCAAAGUUGACACCACCGCGGUCUUUGACUGCAUUGUGGAGCUGAAGGACCCCAACACUGAAAUGAUAUGGGUCAAGGACACUGAGCUUUUCAGGAUCCAGUAUUCCCUGGGAAAGGAGCAUGUGAGGAAGGUGGGCACCAAGUACAUGCUGGUUAUUACCAACAUAAACAUGAGCAACGACAGUGUCUACAGCCUGACUGUGGGAGACAACUGGAUGAGUGCUGUGCUAGCUACACUUGAUUUUGUGCAGAAGUUCAACAGGAAUGAGCUGAAGAGGGGUGACAAGUAGGAGAUCUCAGGCCAUGAGGGUGGUCUGACCUAGACACUUAAGAUCAAAGAUGCCGGGGGGGUUGGGGGGAAGGCUAUUGCCCAAAGUGACCUGAUACAAGAUGUUAUGUAGGUGACCAAGAAGGAGCAUGUGUCCAUGGAGCACAGAGAAGACCAGAUCACCUUCUCCAAUUGUGUACAUAAAGACAUCAACUUGGUCCUGCUCAAGCUCAAGAAUGACAGUCACACAGCAACUGCUACUGGUGUGCACCUCAAUGUGCUAGGGGAGGGCACAGUCACCAGGUUGUCUGAGAGCACCAGCUGGCCAGUAAUCAGAGUGGGAAAUGGAAGGCCCACCUGUAAAACAGUUCAUAGUAGAAGUACUGGAUUAAGACAAGAGAGAUGGAUGACCAAGUGGCCAACUUCACCACCCAAGCAAAAGAGGAGAAAACUUACACACUCUGUAUUCUGUUCAGAGGGUGUCAAUAACCCAACUGAGACUGAGAAAGUCAACAAGAACCCCAUCCAGGGUGAGGUGCUUGGAACAGAGGUUCUAAGACAGGAGGGGGUGGGACAAAGAAAGUCUCACGACCUCAUCUUCCCACCUCAGGUACAGAGUAUAUUCUGGAUGGAGGACACAGAAUGUAAAUUCCCAGUUAUAGCUGUGUAUAAGGCCACCCUAGGACAUCUCAGCAUGCCAAUCAGUUCAGUGGUAGCCAAGGAUCCUGUUGGUAUGAGGCCAAGUCCAACACAUUACAGGAUUCACACUCAAGAGAAAGCCAGCAAAUAUAAACUGAGCAUCUGGGACAGUGAGAAGGCGGGAGGAUUCAGGCAUACUGGAUGUGGGAACCCCCAUGGGGUUGGUAUGGAUGAGUUUGGAGAACAACUGAAUAUCUGUGCUACCUUAGAAACUACAAGCCUGGUACAGGGCCCAAGUAUGUCUGAUUCCUGUAACUCAAGCAUCUCCCUUGGCUGGUGUGAGCCUGUAGGGGACCCACCAUCCAGCUACAUCCUUACGAUGAGAACUGAAGGCAGCAAACACCUUCUCUGGGUUAUCCCUGAUUCUGCUCCCCAUACUGCCCCCUGCAACAAGCUAGAUGUUGGCUCACCACUACCUGCUGUGACCUGGCAGAAAGACAGCAUUACUAUCAAGGGCUGGAAAACCACCACCAAGGUCAAAAACUGUCCCCAGUUCCUCGUUAGCAGCACCAAGUGUUCCGACUAAGGAGUGUGUCGGACCUUGCUCCAGAAUGAGUUUGGAGGCGCACACUAUGGUGUCUACAUGCUAGUGGUAGGUACAGUAAGAGGCCUGGGGGGCUGCCGUCCUUACAUAUCAUCACAUGCAUGUGGUACGUGCAGGCAGUGGGCAGCGGCCUCUGGGAGGUAUCAUCGCAUACUUCCCGUGUGCUUGGGGCAGGUACAGGCGGUGGCAGAGGCCUUCUGCAGCUAUCCUUGCACACUCCACCAAAUGACAUCUGCUGCCUACCACUCACAGAAGGAAAGUGUGUGGUUCCAUCUUCCAACAGGCUGGGCAGUGACUCUGACCUGGAACCACAAUCCUGAUGUCCAGGAAGGCGGUGAUGACCACUAUGUCACCUGCUGGUUCACUUUAGCCAAGCGUGUCUUCAGCAACAAGUGCAUGGUACCAGGCAGGAAAUGCUACUUCAGACUGGUGGUUCAAAAUGAAAUGGGUGACAGCGACCCACUGCACUCCAAGGAUACAUGGCUUGUCAAUAAGGACCAGACUGUGAUCUGUGGCCAGGAUUACACCAUCAGGCACCUCCUUGGGAACCCAUGGCUCAUGGUGACUAUCUACAAGGGUGAUGUCAACAUCAUUGUCAAUUCCAAGUCCUGGCACAACUCCAGCAGCACUGUGUGUACCCUGGUCAUCCCCACCUGCACACUGAAGGACAGUCGUGAAUAUGCACUGAAGAAUGAGCUAGGCAAGGACCAUAGCAGCUGCGUGGUCACUGUCUAUGGUGAGAACACCACCAGGCAUGGCCUGCAGGGAGGACACAUGCAUCUUGUCGAAGGGCAGGGGCUCAAUCCAUUCAUCACUCUCUUCAAUUGGCUAGGGCUGUUUUUCAUUUGAUCUGCUUUCAAGUGGUACAAAUAUUCUCCCAUCUUAUCAAUGUCUUAUAUAAUGUUCCUGGCCUCUACAGAUAUGGAGAGUUCAUAAUCCCUUGCUAAACUGUGACAGCAUAUACUGCUGGACUGAGACCCACCUUUUAAAAAGAUACUGGUCAUCAGGUUUAAACCAGACUGGCCCACCACAAUUUAUCCAGCAGGGUUCUGGAAGAAAUCUAUAUGUUUGCAAAUUUUCUCGAGUGGCUUUGAUAUGCACUGAUGUUGAAAAUCACUGGUCUAGGGUAAGGGCAGAAGAGAGGCCCAAAGACUGGGAACUGUGAAGCAGACCGCUCCUCUCACAUAUGCCUGCUUGCUUUUGCUUGUGAUGAACAUGUCUGAGGCAAUACUUUACUCCUUGUCACCCAAUCUACUGUCUUCAUGGCUACAGGGCUAGCAGUGUGGCCCCUCCAGUGAGAAGCCAACCUGCCAUGCUUUGUUGUUCAAGUUCUUCUCAGCUUCUCCCAAUCCUCGUGUUAAUAUCCUAGCAGGCCAGGCACCCCAUUUCCUAUCUCCCCAGCUUCACGCUCUAUCACUCCCUCAAAUUCUCUGGGGUGAGGCCCCUCCAUGGUUGUGGUCUCCAAUAGCUACAGAUCUUUAUUCGGCCAGUUAGAGAUGUCUUUCCUUAGGGGAAAAGAAGGUGUCCCGUUGCUCUAUCUCCCAAGUGCUCAACUAAGUGUCUGGCCCUAAGAAGAUAAUGCUUCCAGAACAGCUGUUGAACUGUGUCAGGACUAAGCCAGGAGGGCACGGUGAUGGAGGUGGGGGAUCCAGCUUCCACUCCACAGCCAGAGAUCCACAGUCACUCUCAUUGGUUUUAGGAACAUGGAUUGGAGCCCUGGUGCCACCACUGUCUAGCCACCUCUCUUGUUUGCUCACCUACCAGGUGAUGAGGAAGCACCUAACACAAUUCCUGGGAAAUAGCAAGUAUCACUAGAUGGCAGCUUUUGAUCCCACACAUGGCUAAUCCAGCUUGGGAGACACAAGGACCAGUUCUCAGUUCCUAUGUAGUGACUCUAAAUCCAGCAAUUUCUGAUCUUUCUUGAGCACUAAUAAAUAUUUGCUUUGACCUUUCAAAGAUGGCAGGUCAAGCCUAGCAUCUAUCACUGAGAAUCUUCGGAAGGUGGAGGGCCUCAUGCAAGCUGGAGGCAUCAGCAUCAGCUGCGGUGAUGUGGGGCUUUUUGGCCAGUCUGCCUUCCAGGAUGUGCGUCACUGUAAGUGUGUGGUGAAGGUGUGGAACAAGAAACUCACGGAGCUCACCCUCCCUGCUCCUGAGAGUGGAGUGCAAUAGGAACUCUGGGGAUGGACACAGCCGACCCAAGCACAUGAAGUCACCUUGGGGCUUCCCUUCCUUCUUCAUCCCCACACUCACUCUCACCCUCCCCUCAGCAAGAAAGACAAAUUCUGCUAACUUUCUCCUUCCCAUCCUGCUCCCUUCCAUUUCUUCACAUCAUAGAGGUCUGUGUUCAACAUUCUAGAGUUUAAAUGGGUCAGGACCCUACUCCCUUAGUAUCCAGCCAAAGCAGGACAGAACUGCUCAUGUAGUUUACUAGUUUUAAACAUGUUUUACAGUAGAAUACUUCCUUGAAGGAUUUUAAACUAGAGGCUUGAAAUGAUGGAGCCCUGCGUCCUGCUCUCCGUGUCCCCCCACCCCCAUAUUUCUUUGCUCUCUAUCCCCAUGAGAGGUGUCUGUAAAAACUUUAGUUUGGGUCUAGCUUAACAGCUCAUAGUAUUACACAACUCAACGGUAGAACAUGAUUUUAGCAUGUGCAAUGCCUUGGGUUUGAUCCCCAGCACCAAAAAGAAAGUUUGGAAAGUCAUCGAUUCAUUCAACACCCAUGAGGCUUGAAUCUCCUAUAUUACAUUCCCCAAAAAGGUACAGCAGAAAUAUCAAUGGCAUAUUCACCACUGACCCUUUCUACUCCAGGACUAGGCACUGCCUGUUGAAAUCCAAAUGCCUCUGGGGUAAGGCAGACAAUAGUCUGCUGAGGCUUCAGGUCUAAAGUAAGAAUCAGCUAAUCUAAUUCCAUUCCUCCAGGCUGCUCAACUAAACCCAGAGUCCAAGGAGGAAAGGCUGGCAUAGAAGUCUGCAUCAUUUAGAGAAGCAGCAGGUCUGGGCUGGGGACAGGGGAGGGUAAUGCAGCAACUGCAUAAAGGGUUACCAAGACUGCUAAGCACCUAUACACAGGGGACUAUG